UUUUCAGAUAUUUCGAGUACAAGCAUAACAUAACAUUAACAGUAAACAAAGCGUACGCCAACGCGAAAGACGUGUUAGCUCCGCGCAGUUGCAAAAAGAAUUGAAUUUUUACGUCGACUUUGUAAUAACUACGCACAUUUGCAAAUUCAACAAAAAUAGCGCACAAUGACAAAACGUAUAGUUGAUAUGCAAUGCAGUUAUCCUUUGACAACAUACAAAUGAAGCAAAAAUACUUAUAUAAGGGCACAGAAGUUGCACGCAACAACACAUGAAAUAAAGCGAACAACAUGCAAGACGCUGAAACCCCAAAAUAAAUGAACAAAGGCACGCGAAAAUAACUGCAUCUAUGCAAUUGCUGGGCUAUUAUGCAAACAAUUGCUUCAAAUUCGAAAAUACAUAACUAAAGUGCCUUCAAAAUACAACUAGAAAAAAAAAGAAAUAAACUGAACUAAACGAAGCGAUUAACGUCACAAAAGUCAAGUGUUUUAGUUAAUAUUAUUAACUUUUAUUGAAAUCAACAUGGACACGGGCAGCGUUAUGGACAUUUAUGCCAUUUAUUUGUUUCGACCCGGAAGUUCGCCCGUUGAUUGGUGCGAGGGCAAUUAUUUAAUAUCGUCAAAUAUUGCAGAGUUCGUCAACACGUUCAGCAACUUUCUGUUUAUUCUACUGCCGCCUGUGCUGAUAAUGCUGUUUAAGGAAUAUGGAAAGUUUGUAACACCCGGAAUACAUUUGCUGUGGGUGCUACUGAUUGUUGUGGGUUUGAGCUCGAUGUAUUUCCACGCAACGCUGAGUCUGUUGGGACAGCUGCUCGACGAACUGGCCAUACUGUGGGUGUUUAUAGCCGGCUUCUCGCUCUUCUAUCCCAAGCGCUACUAUCCAAAGUUCGUGAAGAACGAUCGGAAAGCCUUCAGUUGGCUCAUGCUGGUAUCGGCCAUUGUCGCGACUGCUUUGUGCUGGUGGAAGCCCAUUGUGAACGCCUUUGUGCUGAUGCUUAUGGGCGUGCCGACCAUGAUAAUGCUCUACAGUGAGCUACAGCGAGUUCGGGAUCAGCGCGUUUAUCGUCUCGGCUUGAGGGCAACAACUGUGUGGGCCGUAGCCGUCUUUUGUUGGGUCAACGAUAGAAUGUUCUGCGAGGCUUGGUCCUCGAUCAAUUUUCCGUAUCUGCACGGCUUUUGGCAUAUAUUCAUAUUCAUAGCUGCCUAUACUGUGUUGGUGCUGUUCGCCUAUUUCUAUGUCGAAUCGGAGCUGCCGCAGCGUCAGCCUUUGCUCAAGUAUUGGCCAAAGAAUGACUUCGAGUUUGGUAUACCCUUUAUAUCGAUCCGAAAUCCAGAUUCGAAAGAUUGGCACAUCUAUUGCAGCCUAUACGUACAGGAGUACGACAAUGAUCUAAAGGCUUUGCGCUAAGAGUUUUCAUUCUAUUUAGAUCAUUCCAGCGUGAAUCAUAAGAAACAUUACAAAUAAAUGAGGAGAACGAAGAGUUUACAGAUUUCAGAUGAAGAAUACCAAACUAAUGUUUGUUAAGCAUCCAAAUGUGUUACGGAUUAACAUAUGUUAAUGGCAUGUUCAAUAUUAAUAUAUGUUAAGUCGCAUCAACUGUUAACGCGGAACAUAUGUACAUGUUCUGUUAAAUAUUAACAGCUUUUGGGGAUGAACAUCUGUUAACGUUGUCGUGUUAAAUAUUAACAUAUGUUAAGUUCUAGAACAUGUUAACGCUGAACAUAUAUGCUCUGUUAAUUAUUACCAGAUAUUAGAAAUGAAUAUAUGUUAAUAACAUGUUAAGUACGAACUGCA